UUACGACCCGGCAACACAGUAGGUAUCUAGUAACGGGGUAGGCAUCUGAUAACAGUGUUCGUAGCAGCGAUCUUCGGUAUAUUAUGAUCUCCACGUACCAGUGCCUGGUUGACUGUCACCCUGAACGGACACAAGGAGCCUCACAUCACAUCGCUAUGGCAGACUCCGAGUUUUUUUACACCACUGGUUCUUGGCGGGUGACGGAGGCGAUGAAGGAAGCCUACCACGAGAACGGCUACAUCAUCGUCAGGAAUAUGUUCAACAACGAGGAGGUGGCGAAGGUCCGAGAGGCCCUCGAAGACCCAAGCGGAGUUCAAAAGUUCUCCUUCAGCCGCUCAGACGGGAAGAGCCGCGACUUACGCUUCGUGCUAUGGAACCAUCCAGGGCACGACGUGACGGGCGUGAUGGCGAGGACCCAGAGAGUGGCGGGCACGGCAGAGGAGUUGUUGGGCGGGGACGAGGUGUACCACUACCACACCAAGCUCGUCAUGAAGGAUGCCAAAAUUGGAGGGAAGUUCUUGUGGCACCAGGACUACGGAUACUGGUACAAGAACGGCUGCCUGUACCCUGACCUGCUCUCGGUGUUCAUUCCGAUGGACGAGACGGGACUGCACAACGGCUGCCUUCAGGUGCUCAAGGGAUCGCACCGCCUCGGCAGGAUCGACCACAGGGAAGUCGGGGAGCAGCUGGAGGCCGACCCUGAGCGAGUAACAGAGGCCUCAAAGUCUCUGGAACACGUGUAUGUUGAGAUGAAGGCUGGCGACGCUCUCUUUUUCAACUGCAACCUCCUACACACCUCGGCCGCCAAUAAUUCUGACCGCCGCCGCUGGGUGUUCAUCGUGGCCUUCAACAAACGCUCCAACAACCCAUACAAGGACCACCACCAUCCACGCUACACGCCGCUACACAAGGUGCCUGACGCCGCGCUGAUGGAGUGCCGCGUGGUGGACGACCUGGCGGACAAGUGGUUUAUGAGAAACGACGAGGAUCACUCUGUGCCGAGGAACCUCCACUGAUGUCCCGUCACCUUCACCUCCUCCCCGCCACCUGCACCUCCUCCUCUUACAUUCUUCCACCAAUACCUCCUCCUCUUACAUUCCUCCACCAAUACAUCCUCCUCUUAACAUUCCUCCAGCAAUACCUCCUCUUCCAUUGAUAAUCCGCCUCCACUACCUCUUCUACCACCGAUACCACCGCCACUUGCACCUCUUCCUCUUAUAUUCUUCCACCAGUUCCUUUCCUUCACUGAUAACCCGCCUCCACUAUCUCCACCACUGAUAACCUGGCACCACUACCUUCUCCUCCACUAAUAUCCCUUCAUCAGUAUUUUUCUCCUUUAUGAAUACUCCCUACCUAAUACCUUCUCUUUUCUACCUAUUCUUCCUUCCUCCUCCUCCUCCUCCUCCUCCUCCUCUUCGUCGUUGUCGUUGUCGUCCUCCUUCUCUUUUCUCCUCCCACUCCUCCCUCUCCUACUUUUCUUCGUUUCCUCUUCCUUAAACUUUUUUUUUCUGCUGUUCUACCUCUCCUUACUUCCCUCCUCCUCUCUUAUUUUCUAUCCGCUUCCACCUUUCUACCCUGCCCUCCUCCUCCUCCUCCUCCUCCUCCUCCUCCUCCUCCUCCUACUCCUAAAGUUGGCGAGAAGCUAAUCAGAUCUUCCUAAUUCACUUUCAAUGCAAAAGGAAAAACUUUAUGAUUAAAUAACCUUGUCUUUGCUUU